GCAGCGGUAGUGGUGCACGUGAAGCCUUGAUGUUUGACUUUCACACACAUGCUCGUCUCAAAGAAAAAGCAAACUAUGUCGCCACGCAAAGGAUGAUGCCAUGUCAGAGGUUCUCACUGUAGAUGCUAUUUUGUUUGGGCUCUUGGUCUUUUCUGGCAUUCUGGGAAACAUCUUGGUCAUCCAUGUGGUGUUUCAGUCAGCUGUUGAGAGUCCGGCUCGGAGACUCCCCCCCUCUGACACCAUUCUGGUGCACCUGUCUCUGGCCAACCUGCUGACCUCACUUUUCCGCACGGUGCCCAUCUUUGUGUCGGACCUGGGCUUGGAUGUGUCCCUGUCGCCGGGCUGGUGCCGAGUCUUCAUGCUGCUGUGGGUGUGGUGGCGAGCUGUAGGCUGUUGGGUGACUCUAGCUCUGAGCCUCUUCCACUGCACGACCUUGAGGCGGCAGCAUGUGGCCUUUGGACCCCUCGCACAGCAGAGGGAGAGGCGGCGGGUUUGGAUCGUCCUGUGGCUGGUGUGGGGGGCAAACCUGGUCUUCUCAAUUCCAGCUCUGAUAUAUACCACUCAUGUUCACGGAAACGCCACUGUGGAGCUGAUGGUGAUCAGUUGUACCACCAGGCCUUUGCUGGGCUGUAUCUGGGAGUUCCCCUCCACCGAGCAGGGCUCAGCCUUUGCCUCCACGUCGCUGGCACUUAAUGAGGUGUUACCACUGGUGCUGAUGGUUUGCACCAACCUGGCCACGCUUCAUGCUCUGGCAAAACAUAUUCGAGCUGUUACCUCAGGGGGAGAGUCAGGAGGAGCUCACGGGGAGCUGGACAAACAUGUGUCCACUGAACGCAAAGCAGCUCAUGUAAUCAUGUCGCUAGUGUCUCUCUUCGUGGUCUGCUGGGCGCUACAGGUUGCUGCGGUGACAUACUAUAACCAUGACGGGGGACACCACGCUGAAGGGCUGCUGACUGUGUCCCACUUCUCUGCCUCGCUGUUUGUAGGCUUCAGUCCUAUGGUGGUGGCCCUGGGACAUGGCAAGCUGAGAAGGAGAAUCAUGAGUAUGAUACUGGGGUGGUCUAAAUUUCUUAAAUGUCACAGCGAGGACACUGAAGAGGCGGGUGAAUCCCCAAAAACUACAGGAAAGAAGGGAAAAGAAACUGUUUUUAUUGUUCAAAAAGAGAGCAGGGUCAUUAAAGUGGAGGAGAAAGUAAAAGCACACAAAUGAUUCCAAGUGUUGAUUCUAAAGUACUAAAAAAAUACUAAAAUGUAUACUCAUAUACGUAAGGACAGCUGCCUCAUCCAUCUGAAUCCAGAGGCACAGCACUACGUUUCAUCUGGACAGAACUAUCAUCAAGUAUUAUUUUAGCCUAUUUUGAGAUAUUUCAAGUCAUUUAAUUCAAGUCAAACUGAGACACAGUAUAUUGGCUAAGUCAGAAAUUAUUACAGUGCAGUCAAGUAAGUGAUUUUGUUUCUUUGAUUGUUAAAAUAGUUUUAAUCAAUCCAAUGUGUCAUUGUGUCUUUGUUGUUUCUUUUCAGCUGAGAUGUAUUUUAAUAAAAACUGUAGUUUUCUUUUG